AUGACUCUGCAACUCUGGGAAACACUGAAGGAGGCGAUCGUGGCCUACACGGACCUAUCUCUUGCCACCUUCUUCUCACUCUUGGCUCUGCUCGUGGCCACUUACCAUGUGCUUUAUGGGCGUUUUGUGUCGUCUGAUAAGCACCACCGGCCCAAGAGCUUGGAGGAAAUGCAACCUUUGUCGCCGCUGGUCCAGGCCGACGAGGAGCUGAAAAGGGAUUCAAGUACUCCUUCAUCUUCUCCCCUCACCCAUUCAUGUCCGUACGAUGUCUUUCUGAGUUUUCGAGGUGUGGAUACUCGAAAAAACUUCACUGGCUAUUUGUACACUUAUUUGGUUCAGAAGGGAAUCAAUACCUUCAUCGAUGAUGAAGAGCUUAGAAAAGGAGAAGAAAUAUCAUCUUCACUUCUCAAAGCAAUUCAAGAGUCAAAGAUUUCUAUACUCAUCUUCUCUGAAAACUACGCAUCCUCAUGGUGGUGUUUGGAUGAACUUGUUGAGAUCCUUAAAUGUAAGGAGCUGAAUCAACAACUGGUUUGGCCGGUGUUUUACAAGGUGGAUCCCUCCGAUAUACGGUACCAGAAGGGUAAAUAUGGUGAGGCACUUGCUAAACAUGAGCGCAUAUUCAAGGACAACAUGGACAAGGUCCAAAGAUGGAGAAGAGCUCUCAAGGAAGCAGCAAACUUCUCAGGGUGGACUUUCUUCGACGGAAGGCAUGAACCUAACUUCACCAGUAAGAUUGCCGAAGAGAUUUCAGCACAAGUAUCAAAACGUAGUUGCUUAAAUGUGGCAAAGUAUCCUGUUGGAAUAGAGUCUCGUGUACAAGAUCUGCUUGAGCUUUUAGAUGUCGGAGGAAGUGAUGUUCGCAUAGUUGGUAUAUGGGGUAUUGGAGGAAUAGGCAAAACAACAAUUGCUAAAGAAUUAUUCAACUCAUUCCGCCAUAAGUUUGAAGGUUGGUGUUUCUUGGCAAAUGUUAGAGCAGCUUCAGUACCCCAUCAAGGCCUUGUUCAAUUACAAAAUAAUCUUCUUAAUGAGAUCUUAGGGGGGCAGAAAAUGGAGAUGACUGAUGCUGAUAGAGGAAUCCAGGUGAUAAAGGACAGAUUGGGUAGUAAAAGGGUUUUCUUAGUUCUUGAUGAUGUGAAUGAAUUGAACCAGUUGGACAAAUUAGCUGGAGGAUUGGAUUGGUUUGGUCCUGGCAGCAGAAUUAUCAUAACAACAAGAGAUAAAGGUUUACUAAUUUCUCAUCAAGUCUAUGCAAUAUACCCAGCUGAGGAAUUAGAUAAUGACGAAGCCCGUGACCUCUUAACUUUGAAUGCCUUCAAGGGAAACAGAAAUCCAGAUGAGUUUGAGAAAUUCCCAAUUGAUGCUGCUUUACUCUAUGCUCACCGCCUUCCAUUAGCUAUAAACAUUUUAGGCUCACUUCUGUGUGGUAAGAGUAUAAAUCAAUGGCAUGCUACAAUAGAUUAUUUCAGCAGAUUUCCUAACAGAGAUAUCCAAACAGUCCUUAAAACAAGUUACGAUUUAUUGGAAUAUCCACUGAAUGAAGCAUUUCUCGACAUCGCAUGUUUCUUAAAAGGUAAAGAUAAGGAGUAUGUGAUGCAAGCACUAGAAGGUUCUUACCUCAACCCUGAACAUGCUCUUGAACUACUUGAAGAAAAGGCCCUCAUAAAUAUUAAUAUAAAUCGUCUGAUGUGUAUGCAUGACUUGCUGGAGGAAAUGGGAAAAGAAAUAGUUCGGAAAGAGUCACCCAAUGAUGCUGGCAGACGUAGCAGAAUAUGGUUUCAUGAGGAUGUUUAUCGUGUUUUAACCGAAAAUACAGGCUCAAAAGAAGUCAAAGGAAUCAGAGUUGAGCUACCAAGGGAAGAUGAGAUAUGCUUGAGUGCUAAAUGCUUUAAAAAGAUGAAAAAUCUACAACUUUUUAUAAACAUCAAUGCACGCUUUUCUGGAGAGAUUAUUUAUCUUCCAAAUCAGUUUAGGUUCCUUGAUUGGCCUGGUUUCCCAGCACAAUCUUUGCCAUCCGACUUCAAUCCCCAAAAACUUGUCAGGUUGAAUAUGCCAAACAGUCGCAUCUCACAACUUGGGCAAGGACUCAAGAAUAUGCAAAACUUGAAAUCUUUAAGUUUUGAGAGUUGCAAAUUCCUAACAAAGGUCCCUGACUUGUCUGGAAUGUUCCCAAACUUGAAGAGGCUGAACUUAAAUUCUUGUACAAGUUUAGCUGAGUUGCAUCCUUCUGUUGGAUUCCUUGAUAAGCUUGUAUCCUUCAAUCUUACCGAUUGCUGUAACCUUAAGACGUUUCCAAGAAUGGUCAACAUGAAAUCUCUUGUUAGUAUUGAUUUUAGAGGCUGCAAGAGGCUGGAGAACUUCCCAGAAAUUGUGGGAAGGAUGGAAUCCGUAUACAGCAUGGAUUUAUCUGGAACUGCCAUCAAAGAACUGCCUUCAUCAAUUGGAUAUCAUCUCUUUAAUCUUUCCGGGUUGUAUUUAGAACAUUGUGAAAACCUGAAGUCUCUACCACUCGGCAUUAAUGAGUUGCAAAAGCUAUUAAUCCUUGAACUCACAAGUUGCCCAAAACUGGAGCUUACUCCAGUUUCUAAUAAGGUGGAAUACGGUGAAGCGUCCAACUCAAACAUUUCACAUUACGGCAAGCAAAUUUCGUCAGAAAAUGACGAUGAUCGAGGCAAUUUUGUGUUUCCUUCCCUAAAGAUGUUUAGUAGAAGAGGAUGCAAUAUUUCAGACUGUGAUUUCCUUGUGAAGUUUUGUGCGUCCGCCUUAUACAGGCUUGAUCUCUCAAACAGCAAUUUUGUUAGUCUUCCCACUGGCCUUACCAAAUUUAUCAAUUUGGAGUACCUUUUCUUGGAUGGGUGCAAGAUGCUUCAAGAAGUUACGGAGCUUCCACCAAAUCUGCAACAUUUAUGUGUUAGAGAUUGCGUAUUGUUGGAAAGAAUUUCAAAGUUAUCAAACAUUUUGAAAUGUCAAGAAUCGCAAAUGUUUUUGUGGUUGGACUUGACAAAUUGCUGGAGACUGUGUGACAAUCUGGUUCGGGAGGCAGGCAAGAAUGGUUUAUUAGUGAAUGAUGAUCAUCAAGUGGAGACUGAUCUCUUUUCUCUUUUUCUCUCUCCUCAGAAGUCUGCUUUCAGAGUCAGAUUACCAGGAAGUCGUGAAAUUUCAAAGUGGUUCAGCUACCCAAUGGAUUUUAGAGGGAAUGGACGGAGUGAAUUUCAUAUUCAAGUCCUUGCUAAUUUCAAAUGGCAGAACACAGGAUUGGCUCUAUGUGUCGUUUCUGAAAACACGCUAAACGGGAAAUUUGAAAUAUUUUUCAACGAAGUACGAGUGAAGAUUGGUGGUUUUAGUCAUUAUCCCCAGUUUGAUGGUGAUACUGCUGUGUUGCUGUUUUAUAUUCCUUUUGAUGGAAUGGAUGUGUAUCCGGCGUUUGGUUAUACGCGUCCGGUGCCACCUUUUCAAUGUCGAGUUACUAUUUGUCAAACUUACGUGGGUCCCAUGAAAAGCUGCGGGAUGCAUCUGGUAAUGCCACCAAAUGAAGUGUGUAUGGAACUAUCCCAGGCACUGUGCCAUACAAAUACAACCGAAGCAGCAUCAGAUCCAAUCCAAUUAAGUGAAAUGGCUGGUCACACAAUUGCUGAUGCUUAA